CUCAUGUUAGUUAUCUAAUUUUGCUAUGUAAAUUAGUUUCUAUUCUCACGUAGCAAGUGAGACCAGUUGUCUCAUGUAUGAACUUGUGCUUUUUUGCAUACCUAUUGUAAAGUUCAUGAGGGUUCUAUGGUGAUCCUGGGGCCCUAAGUGACUAUAUAUUGCUCGUAGCAAGUAACAGCCUUGCAGACAGGCUACAACAAUGUACGUUUCCACAAAUAUCAGCCGGGACCUGAAAUCUGAGGCUACAGUAGACACAGGUUUAUAAAAUCCAAUUAAGUUGAGAAGCUGAAUAUUGACAGGGCACUAGGGCAUUUUCUGCUUAUUCUGAAAUGGUUUUAAACAUACAAGUGCUUAAUUGUGUUUGAUAGCUUAUUUAUUUCUAUGAACACAGUAGAGCUAUUAUCCAGGUUUCUGCAAAAUGUAUCCUAAUUAGAUGCUAUUAGACUUCAACAAAUGCAACAACACUACCUGUUCUUUCUGCUGGUCCUCCCCUGAUCACGAGGCAGUAUGAUUCUUACCCCAGUAAUCUUCUCUUAGCAAUUUUUCCCAUUCCCAUGACCAAUAGAUCUCUAGAUCUACUAGAUCUCUACUAGGUAGUUGUAAAAAUGAUUGGUCAGAUCACCAACAGCCCGACCCUGAAUUUGGUACCAACAAACAUGACUAGAACCCCCAGACACCACACAAUGAAUUCUAAUGUUUGAUGUGAAGCUGAAGAUCUUCAUGAUUUCAUGCAUUGAUCUGCUGCCACCUGAUUAGCUUAUUGGAUAAUUGCAUUAAUAAACAGGUUUGUGUUUCUAUUUAAAGUGGUCGGUGAGUGUAACUUCAAAUGUAGCCAAUAACAAUUUAUAGUUUUAUACUAAGAGAACAACUUUUUUGUGUGUAGUCUGUUGUUCCUCAUAAAAAAGACUUUUCACAACUUGUUCAGUAGAAACUGUAAAUAACACAAAUAUCCACACCAAUAAUAAAUAAAAACCUGCCUUUUAAUCUUUAUCUGUGUUGAAACGGUUGCCUUAAAAUCCCACAUCCUUCCAGGCUUUUUAGAUCUACACAAGAAGUCAGUGUUUGUGUGUUUUGGGGGUUUAUAUUGUGUAGUGAUGUGAUCACAGUGUCCAGCAGCAGCAUGUCACAGCGCGAGACCCGGAGAACUAAUAAAGCGCGUGCAGCAGCGCGAGACAAACUAACAGCUGUCACUCUGACAGGACGCUCUUUUUUCUUAUUCAAGAUUUUCUCUUCACGCACACAGUUUAUUUCUAUUUAUUUCUAUUUACGUUGUUGCAACGAUGCUACUGAAACGUUUACAGUCUACAGUUAUUUCACAGUACAGCUUGUCGAGACUAUUUUUAACACUCCUUGUGUUAGAGGCGCUCGAGUCGAUGGAGCUGCCCAGCUGUAAAGAGUCAGAUUACCACUUUGAGUACACAGACUGUGAUGUUCUGGGAUCCAGAUGGAGAGUGGCGAUACCCAACAAGCCUGAAACAUGCACAGGCCUCCCUGACCCAGUUAAAGGAACACACUGCACAUUUUCCUGUAAGGAAGGUGAAUACCUAGACAUGAAGACACAGGAGUGUCAGAAGUGUGCAGCAGGGACCUACUCCCUGGGUACAGGAGUGGCCUUCGAAACAUGGGACAGCUUACCUGCUGGUUUUAUCAGCCACGGCAUUAACAUGGAUAUAGGAAACAUCAACACAAACUGCACCAACUCAACUUGGACUCCUGAGGGGGACUUCAUAUCCUCUAACACAGAUGAAUGCAGCUCCACACUGUCGUACACUGUGAAUUUAAAACAGCCUGGCUCAGUCACUUUCGAGUACUUCUAUCCUGAUAACAGCAUUUUCUUUGAAUUCUACGUUCAGAAUGAUCAGUGUCAGUCUACAGAUUCUCAGAGUCGCUGGAUGAAGGUUUCUGAGAAUGACUGGGAAUCUCACUAUGUGCAACUGAGUAGAGGGAAUAAUGUUCUCUACUGGAGAACCACUGGGUUCUCUCUUUAUGGUAGUGCUGUAAAACCAGUUCUGCUGAAGAAAAUUGCUAUCUCAGGGGUUGCGUACACAUCUGAAUGCUUCCACUGUAAGCCUGGCACUUACAGUGCUGAACCUGGGGCUGCUCACUGCACCCCGUGUCCAGUCAACACCUACUCCAAUAAGGGAGCUACUGCAUGCCAGCAGUGUGAAGAAGGGAAAUAUUCAGGGAUCGGGUCAGGAACAUGUGAGCGGAGGCCACCCUGCACAUCCAGCGACUACUUUUACACUCACACUCCUUGUGAUUCUAAAGGACAGACGCAGCUGAUGUAUAAAUGGAUUGAGCCAAAGAUCUGCAAUGAGAACACAGAGGGGGCAGUGACUCUUCCAGCCUCAGGGGAAAUGCAGACCUGUCCUCCAUGUAAUCCUGGAUUCUUCAGUAACAAUUCUUCAGCUUGCCAACCCUGUCCACCUGGCUUCUACUCCAAUGGAUCAGCAUGUUCCGAGUGUCUGGUUGGAACGGAGCCAGUAAUGGGUUUUGAGUAUAAGUGGUGGAACAGGAUGCCCAGCAACAUGAAUAGUUCAGUCUACAGACGAGAGUAUAGUGGCACUCAGAGGAGCACAGGGUGGGAAGUAGCUGGCGAGUAUGUUUACACCACACCUGGGGAUUUAGACUCAGACUACAUGAUGCUUACAAUCACAGUACCUGGUUACAGCUUGCCCUACUCCUUGGAUAAAGUUAAUGAGAGGCCAGAACUUUCCAGAAUCACAUUUGUCUUUGAGACUAAAUGCACAGCUGAUUGCGCACUUUACUUCAUGACAGGCUUGAAUGAAAGGAACAAUCGUGUUGUGGAGACCUGGAGAGGCACCACUGGGAAGCAGUCCUACUCUUACCUAAUUAAGAGCAAUCUGACUGUGAGCUUUACUUGGGGCUUUCAGCGCACUGAUGCCUACAGUAUGGAGAGGCAGCACAGCUCAGACUUUGCUAAGAUCUACUCUAUUCACAUUACAAAUGUGAUCGGAGGCGUGGCCUCUCAUUGUCGACAGUGUGCACUAGAUUCCUCUCAUUCAGACUCAGCCUGCGUCUCCUGUCCUCCUGGACACUACAUGCUAAAUGACACUGGAGUUUGCAGAAGUUGUCCACCAAACACCUUCAUAAGGCCUGAGCAGCCUCUGGGAGAGGAAGCCUGCAUUCCAUGCGGACCUAAUACUAAGAGCAACCGAGCCCACUCGGCCUGCGUGAGUGACUGCACACUGAAUAUGCAGCAUAAAGGAGAAACUCUGCAGUAUGAUUUCUCUCCCCUGGCGAGUGUCACUCAAUUUCAGAGCAGUCCUCGCUUCACCAAUAAAGGCCUUCGCUAUGUGCAUCAGUUUAGUGUGGGGCUGUGUGGCACAGAGGACCGUGCUCUGGCUUCCUGUGUUGAUAAUGUAACAGAGACCAGGAAGGAGGUGAAUGGUUAUAUUUGCCAGUCAAUCAUAGUGCCUACAGAUGUCAGAGGGCAAAGUGUGGUGUCAUCACAACCCUUUAUUAUCGGCAGCACAUUGAUUGGGAUAACCACUGACUCCACACUUGAUGACAUCUCAUCUUCUGAGAGUAUAUUCCCUGCACAUACAUCUGAUCUACCUGAUGUCAUAUUUUACUACCGGUCAAGUGAAACGACGCAGGCAUGUAAAAAUGGCAGAUCAACCUCCAUCAGGCUCAGAUGUGAUCCCACAGUAACGGCAGUGGAUCAGAUUUCUUUACCAAGUAACUGUACAGAGGGAACAUGUGAUGGCUGUUACUUCCAUUUCCUGUGGCGUUCUCAAUAUGCCUGUCCUCUCUGUUCUGAGAGAAACUAUAAAGAGAUAGUCAGUGCCUGUAUCAAUGGAAUUCAGAGGACUACCUAUGUGUGGCAGCAGCCUCGGAAAUGUACAGAUGGAGUACCUCUGCCAGAUCCACAAAUCAGUGCUUGUGUCACUUUGGAAUUCUGGUUCAAAUUUGGUGUUUCUGUUGGAUUGGUGGCAGCGAUACUACUCAUCACCAUCAGCUGCUACUUCUGGAAACGGACACGGAAACUGGAGUAUAAGUACUCAAAGCUGAUGAAUGUCGAGUCAAAAGAGUGUGACCUUCCUGCUGCUGACAGUUGUGCUAUUAUGGAGGGAGAGGAUGCAGAGGAUGAUCUCAUCUACCUCACCAAAAAAUCCUUUUUCACCAAAAUUAAAUCCUUCUCGAGAGAGAGAACAUCUGAUGGCUUUGACUCUGUCCCUCUGAAGUCAUCCUCGGGCAUGGAGAUUGAGAUGACCUAGACCUAUAAGCCAGCAAUGGCAAAGUUGACAAGUUGGAACCGCUCUAUGGAAUUCUCAGACUCUCAAAGUCUCUGAGUCUCGUGAUGUCCUCCUAGUGAAAAUAAGAAAGGACCACCAGCAGUUCGGAGAGAUCCAUAUUUUACCAGGACCAUUCUACCACUAUUUUGAUUUGUGAUUUGUGCCUCAGUAUAAAUAAAGCAUAGAAGAGUUCUGUAAAUCUUUGACUACAGACAGACUUUUCGGGGAAAAACUAUUUGUCCAGUAGUGCAGUUUACAUCAUGCGAUAUGAUAACUUUAGGAUAAACAUCACUGUCCACCCUAAUAUCUCCUGCUUUUAAUGUGAAGACAUUUGUCCUGUCUUUAUUGUUGUCUGUAAAGAAUGUGGGUUAUAUUAAAGAUAUUUGCUCCAA